CUGAUCACGUUCAUGCCGCACACAUCGCAAACUUUGCGAAGAAUUGUGAAUACAGUGCAAACAAUUGACCGACUUGGACUCCGUCGAACUCGGUAAAUGUGAAACGCUAUUUACCAACCUGUCGGCUAGUUGCUCGACCUCAAGGAGACGAAAGUUGGUUAAGCACACUGCCCCCACACGCAGUUCUCGAAUCGCGCAUCCGCAUGAUCGAAGUGACUUACUCUUUCUUGCUCUCGCGCAGCCUUCAGCCCAGAAAUUGUCAUUGCCCGGAGCAAUAACUUGCCAGGAAAAUGAGGCAGUCCGUGAAUAGCGAGGACCGCAGGAGCAGCAACCAGGAAGAGGGCCACUAGCUGGCACAGGAGCAGCAGUAUUAUCAGAAGCAAGUGGAGCAACAAGUUCCUGCACUCAACAAGUUAUCACAGACAGCACUGGGGCAUACAUCCCCACUAAGAACAUCCAAAUCGAAUCCAACAUCAUAUCGAAAAUAGCACAUCACAUAAUCGCGAUGAGCCUCUUCGGCACCAAGAAGAACCGCUCCCUGUCGGUGCGUGUGAGCACCUUUGACUCGGAACUGGAAUUCAAGCUGGAGCCGCGCGCCUCUGGGCAGGACCUGUUUGACCUGGUGUGCCGCACCAUCGGGCUGCGCGAGUCCUGGUACUUCGGACUGCAGUACGUCGACACGCGCAGCAACGUCUCCUGGUUGAAGAUGGAAAAGCGAGUGCGCGACCAGCGCGUCGAGCUGCAUGCCAGCAACAAUGUGUACGUCUUCAGCUUCUACGCCAAGUUCUUCCCGGAGAACGUCAGCGAGGAGCUGAUCCAGGAGAUCACGCAGCACCUGUUCUUCCUCCAGGUGAAGCAGAGUAUCCUCUCCAUGGACAUCUACUGCCGGCCGGAGGCGUCCGUGCUCCUGGCCUCGUACGCUGUGCACGUGCAGUACGGUCCGUACGACUACGAGACCUACAAGGACGGCAUGCUGGCCGGGGGCGAGCUUCUGCCCAAGGGGGUGACCGAUCAGUACCAGAUGACCCCCGAGAUGUGGGAGGAGCGCAUCAAGACUUGGUACAUGGACCACGAGCCCAUGACGCGCGACGAGGUGGAGAUGGAGUACCUGAAGAUCGCACAGGACCUGGACAUGUACGGAGUGAACUACUUUCCUAUUACAAAUAAGAACAAAACCAAAUUAUGGCUGGGCGUCACCUCCGUGGGCCUGAACAUUUACGAUGAGCGCGACAAGCUAACUCCAAAGACCACGUUCCAGUGGAACGAGAUACGGCACGUCAGCUUCGACGACAAAAAGUUUACCAUUCGUCUAGUGGACGCCAAAGUUUCGAAUUUCAUAUUUUACUCGCAGGACUUGCACAUCAACAAGAUGAUUCUUGACUUGUGCAAGGGCAACCACGAUCUGUACAUGCGCCGUCGCAAGCCAGAUACCAUGGAAAUCCAGCAGAUGAAAGCCCAAGCCAAGGAGGAGAAGCAGCGCCGCCAGAUUGAGCGAAAGAAGUUCAUCAGGGAGAAGAAGCUGCGAGAGAAGGCGGAGCAUGAACGCUACGAGCUGGAAAAGAGCAUGGAGCACCUGCAAAACGAGAUGCGCAUGGCCAGCGACGCACUGCGCCGUUCUGAAGAAACCAAGGAACUGUACUUUGAGAAGAGCCGCGUGAACGAGGAGCAGAUGCAGCUGACCGAGUGCAAGGCGAACCAUUUCAAGACGGAAAUGGACCGACUUCGCGAGCGGCAAAUGAAGAUCGAGCGGGAGAAGCACGACCUGGAGAAGAAGAUCCGCGAUGCCGACUUCUAUGUGCACCAGCUAACGGUGGAGAACGACAAGCGGGAGGCCGAGACGGAGAAGCUGCGAAAGGAACUGAUCUGCGCUAAAAUGGCCGAGCGCGAAGCCACCGCCCGGCUGCUGAACUUCCUUAAUAGCGGUCGCAAGUCUUCGACGGACAGCCUGCUGACCACCUCCAGUGUCUCGCAUGUGGCCAACACGGCGUCUAGCAUGGCGGCCAUUAGCACGCCAUCGCUGACCACCAGUAGCUCAACCAAUGACAUGGAAAUCGCCGGCGGUGCCGAACUGACCACCCACUACCUGGCCCAAGGCGACAACUCCAGCGGCAUCUCUGACGACUUUGAGCCCAAGGAGUUCAUCCUGACCGACAACGAGAUGGAACAGAUAACUAACGAGAUGGAGCGCAACCACCUGGAGUACAUGCGAAACUCCAAGAAGCAGGUGCAAAACCAACUGCAGACACUGCGCUCCGAGAUCGCGCCGCACAAGAUAGAGGAGAACCAAAGCAACCUGGACAUCCUCAGCGAGGCGCAGAUCAAGGCCGGCGAAAAUAAGUACUCCACGCUCAAAAAGCUGAAGUCUGGGUCCACAAAGGCGCGUGUGGCCUUCUUCGAGGAGCUUUGACCGACCUUGUUGCCUUUGUAACAUGACUAACCCCUCAUCUAGCUGUACGAUACUUGUACUUGGUGUGUGCCUGUGCGCGUGCUAGAGUGUGUGAGUGCCUUAACCGUAGGUGUAUUAUACUAUACUAAAUGUUUUUCGAUUGUUUACUCAAGCCGCUGCUGUAAUAAACCAAAAUUGCAAGGCCUGGCCCAAAGAUA